UGGAUCGAUGUGAACACGCUGCGAUCCAAAGAGUAGGACGAUGGCCACAUGAUGUUCCGGGACUGGUAGAGAAUGCCAAUUGGCACAAAUUUGUGUGCCAUCCAAAAUAUCGGACAUUCUUUUUAUUUCAUUCGAGCUGACAGUGAAUGCUGUGAUCCAUGAGGAUAGAGGCAGGCGGCUCCCCGGAACCACGACGGACUCUCUCUGCUCAUCCUUCCGAGAACCAGGACAGCGAUGUAACCCGAAGUCCGGCUGCACCGAAUAAACCGCUUGUGUAUGACCAGUGAACAUGCCGUCGCGGAUGCGGAGUGUUGGUUUGCUGAUGUGGUUCGCACUCUGCGGGUUCAUUUACAUUUAGGGGAUUUUCCUGACGCUUUAAUCCAAAGCGACCUACAACCAUUCAUUCACACAGCGACGGCGCAGUCAAUCACGCAGGGCGACAGCACAGCUCAUAAGGGUGAGUUGUCUUGCUCUGGACCACCUCGACACCGAGCCAGGAGUAGCCGGGGAUCGAACUAGCAACCUUCAAGUUACCAGUCAACCCGUUCGACCUCCUGAGCUACUGUCGCACCGGGCCAUGUGAUUCAACGGGGACCCGCCAUCCAUCCCGACGGAGCGGCUCACGAUGCCCAGGGCUCUACGGAGGCUGGUUCACUUUAUGGUGUUCUGCCCUCUGUCGAAGGGCUUUCAGAGUCGCCUCCCAGCCAUAAAGGUGAAGUACCUGCUGUUAGCAUGGCUAUGCAUCCUGGGGGCCAGCUGGGUGGUCUACAUGCAGUACGCCUCCUACACUGAGCUCUGCCGUGGACACGUCUGUCAAGUGGUCAUCUGUGAUCACUACAGGAGAGGAAUCAUCUCUGGGUCAGCCUGCAAGGCCCUGUGUGACCAGAGGACUCUGACCCUGCAGAGGUGCCUGUCCACAUCCCCUGCUUACCAGGUGUACGAUGGCCAGUGGAAGGACCGGCCCGUGGUGAUCAAGUGUGGGCUGCAGGAGAGCCUGAAGGCGGAGGGGGCUCCGGACCCAGGACUCAGACCGGAGACCAGCCUGUUUGACAAGCCCACCCGCGGGACGUCCAUGGACGAGUUCAGGGAGAUGCUCCAUAGCUUCUUCAAGUCCAACCUGGGUGACCAGCCGUCCCUCAACGCUCUGGUGGAGCGGGUCAUCACACUGGCCGACGUCACCCGGGACGGCAAGGUGUCACUGGCCGAGGCCAAGUCGGUGUGGGCCCUACUGCAGAUCAACGAGUUUCUCCUGAUGCUAGCGCUGCAAGAGAAGGAGCACACCCCCAAGCUGCUGGGCUUCUGCGGGGACCUCUACGUGACGGAGCGCGUGGCCCACAGCGCCCUCUACCGGCUGGACGUCCCCAGCUACCUGCGGCCCCUUGUCCCCGAGGCGGUGAGCUCCGGCCUCAACCGUUGGCUGGCCCCGGCCUGGCCCCGCCGCGCCCGCAUCACCAUCGGCCUGCUGGAGUUCGUGGAGGAGAUCUUCCACGGCGCCUACGGCAGCUUCCUGAUGUGCGACGCCAGCCCACGGCAGGUGGGUUACAACGGCCGGUACGACUGCCGCAUGGCCGACCUGCGCAGCGUGGCGUCCGAGGCCACGGUGCGGGGGUACCUGCGCGGGCGGCGCUGCGAGACCAACGCCGACUGCACGUACGGCCGCGACUGCACCGCCACAUGCGACCGGCUGGCCAAGCAGUGCAACCUGGAGGUGGUGCGGCCCAACCUGGCCAAGGUGUGCACGCUGCUGCAGGACUUCCUGCUGUCCGGGGCACCAGCAGAGCUGCGGCCGGACCUGGAGAAGCAGCUGCGCACCUGCGUGACGCUCAGCGGCCUGGCCAGUCAGAUGGAGGUCCACCACUCGCUGGUGCUCAACAACCUGAAGACCCUGCUGUGGAAGAAGAUCUCCAACACGCAGUACUCGUAAGACACACGCCAGCAGAGGGGUGGGGUUAGGGGCUGGGAGAAGAGACCUGGUCCUGUAGGACCGAGAGGAAGCACUGCAAGGAUGUUUUUUUUUGCAGCAGGGUGUGACCCACUAACGUUUGUCAGUGGGAUUUUUUCUGGUUGCCAAUGGUACAUUAUCGGUUUUUACACAAGACUAUGAAUUAGAUGAAACUGUGAAUUUAUUAAAUAAAAGCAGAAGCCUCUUUCAAAUAUGCUUUGUGUUGUAAAGCUUAGUAUUAUGUCAAUCUAUUAUUGAGAGGGAUUUUGCCUGUGUUUGAAAACAAAGAAAAUAAAUAUUUGGUUUUCUGAAAUAACCAAUUGCCCUGGUUUUCGCAAAUACAUUUAAAUUUGAAAUAUUAUUUGUUGUGGAAACAUCAAUAGGUUACUAAUGCAUGUUUUACUUUCACUAGUGCAAGGGAUAUUGUUUUAGAUCAUAAAAUGGUCAUUUUCCCUAAGAUCUUGAUACAGUUUAGGACAACUGAGCAUUAUUAAGUUAAUAAGGGUUGAACCUAUCACAUAACUAACAUUUUAUGACCAGGGUAAAAAUACUGAAAAGCCCAUUUGCAAAUUGAGCAUCUUACAUGUAUUUCUGGCGAUUGAAGAAAUGUGAGGGCCUUCAAAAGGUCAAUGUCUACUACUUGAUUGCUAUUGAACACAAGAUACGAUGCAAACAGUUUAAGCUUGCUGCAAGCCUUAUCAGGAGCACCAACCCCAGUAGGCUUGUGUCCAAGUCCUUCAUUUUCAAACAAAUAUUUGAUAGGGUUUCAUUGACUAUCGAGUAAGCUCAAAAGCAAUCAAUUGGAGUAAUUUUGAAUAAGCUAUUAUAUAUUAUAUAUAAUUAUAAAUAACAGGAAGCCCCGGUAUCAUAUUUCUUGGUUCUGAAUACAACACAUUCACAUUUCAGCCCCCAGAAGUCAUGUUUAAUCAAGAAAAAACAUUGCUAUGGAUGGAAAUGUGAAUUUGAACACUUGAAAUUACUAUUCUAACCGUCAACUUAGGACAAGAAAACAUAACCGUAAAUUCUGAACAAGAAAACAGAUUUUAUUGAGUAAUAUUCAGUCUUAUACGUUUCAGACCAAGUGACAAAGAAAAAAGAAAGUGUUGAGUAGAAGGACAUCUGAGAUUACUAUUUACAAACCCGAGCAUCCACCGUUGCAUAUCUGCUGCAUAGCAUUCAAUCACAAUACAACAUCCCAAAACCGAAUGCCGAGGCUCAACAACUGAACGUGACAGUAAGAUGAAAUCACCAUCAAACCACCUAACCCGCAGUAGAAGGUCUUGACCUUAGCGAGGCAUCAUUCAAAAAGCAAACAAAAUGCGUCUCAGUCCUGGGGCUCACGAGCUCUGUGUGGGGGGCGGCGGCUGCGUCAUCAACCCGUGCAGCAGCUCCAUCUGCCGCCGCUUGUCCUUAGCCCGGUUCACCGUUAUCUUGAACAGGCGGCAGUACAGCUCCAUGGCAAGGGGCGUGUCGUCGUUGCCGGGCACCGGGUAGGUCAGCAGGCUGGGGUUGCAGUUGGUGUCCACCAUGCCCACCGUGGGGAUGUUCAUCUUGGCAGCGUCGCGCACGCCGACAUGCUGCUGGAACACGUUGUUGAGCGUGGACAGGAAAACCACCAGGUCAGGGAGCCUCACGCCGGGCCCGUACUGGAUGGGCGCGUUGGUGAGCAGGCCGCCCUGCCAGUAGCGGGUGUGGGCGUACUCCCCACAAUCCCUGGCCGUGCUUUCCACCAGGUGGCUGAA